AAAGUUUAAUCUACUACAUUCUUCAUUCUGACAAAUAUCAAAUAUGUCCGCCAUUGGUGAAAAUUGAAAACGUUUUACAAAAGUGGCUACGCUAAAAAAAAUUUUCAAGGACUUAUAAUUCAUUAAAAAUAUAUGAAAAACUAAUAAAAAAAAAUUAAAAAACAUAAAUUAAACACGAAUUUAAGUUACAAUGGCGAUUCCGCCAUAUAUGCUACCACCGGCGCCAUGGGCUGCCCAAUUAAUGGCACAGCAGCAGGCUUUUGCCGCUGCUCAGGCCCAACAGCAGGCGCAGAUGCACGCCCACCAGAUGGCCAACCAAAUCCAGCAAAUUCCACCCCCAGGAGCACCGCUACCCCCAUCGUCACAGCUUGGACACAUUCCAACUCCAAAACCCGAAAUUAUUACGGAAGAAAAACUUCAAGAAAAAGCUCAAAAAUGGGCCCAACUACAGUCAAAGAGAUUCGCUGAAAAGCGAAAGUUUGGCUUUGUUGAUGCACAAAAAGAGGACAUGCCACCGGAGCAUAUCCGAAAAAUUAUUCGUGACCAUGGUGACAUGACAAGUCGCAAAUAUCGACACGACAAGCGUGUCUAUUUGGGGGCUUUAAAGUAUAUGCCUCAUGCAGUACUCAAGCUGCUUGAAAACAUGCCCAUGCCUUGGGAGCAAAUAAGAGAUGUCCAAGUGUUGUACCACAUUACUGGUGCCAUUACCUUUGUCAAUGAGAUUCCAUGGGUUGUCGAACCAGUAUACAUUGCUCAAUGGGGGACAAUGUGGAUUAUGAUGCGACGUGAAAAACGUGAUCGUCGUCAUUUCAAACGGAUGCGAUUCCCUCCGUUUGAUGACGAAGAACCUCCACUAGAUUAUGCGGAUAACGUUCUUGAUGUUGAGCCACUUGAAGCAAUUCAAAUUGAUUUGGAUUCAGAUGAAGAUGGCAGUGUCCAUAAGUGGUUUUAUGAACAUAGACCCUUAGUUGGAACACCGUAUGUAAAUGGAUCAACAUAUCGCAAAUGGAAUCUAACACUUCCACAAUUGGCAACAUUAUAUCGUUUGGCCAAUCAGCUUUUAACUGAUUUAGUGGAUAAUAACUUUUUUUAUUUGUUUGAUCCAAAGAGUUUCUUUACUGCAAAAGCUUUGAAUAUGGCUAUUCCAGGUGGACCUAAAUUUGAGCCACUUAUUAAGGAUCAUAAUGUUGGAGAUGAAGAUUGGAACGAAUUCAACGACAUAAACAAAGUUAUCAUCAGACAACCUAUCCGUACAGAAUACAGAAUUGCUUUCCCUUACUUGUACAACAAUAUGCCACACUUUGUUCAUUUAUCAUGGUAUCAUACUCCAAAUGUAGUUUACAUCAAAACUGAGGAUCCUGAUUUGCCUGCGUUUUACUUUGAUCCUCUCAUUAAUCCUAUUUCCCAUCGACAUUCUGUGAAGAUUCCAGAACCAAUGCCAGAUGAUGAUGAAGACUUCAGUCUGCCCGAUGAAGUGCAACCAUUUUUACAAGACACACCAUUGUAUACCGAUAACACAGCCAAUGGGAUAUCAUUGCUUUGGGCACCACGUCCAUUUAACUUACGUUCUGGACGUUCUCGUCGAGCAAUUGAUAUACCCUUAGUAAAGGCAUGGUAUAAAGAACAUUGUCCACCAGGACAUCCUGUCAAAGUUCGUGUCAGUUAUCAGAAACUACUGAAGUAUUAUGUGCUGAAUGCACUUAAGCAUAGAAAACCAAAACCACAGAAGAAGAGGUAUCUCUUCCGAUCAUUUAAGGCGACAAAAUUUUUCCAAACAACCACUCUAGAUUGGGUUGAAGCUGGACUACAAGUUUGUCGACAAGGUUACAACAUGUUAAAUCUGCUCAUUCAUCGAAAGAAUUUGAAUUAUCUUCAUUUGGAUUAUAAUUUCAACUUGAAACCUGUCAAAACUCUAACAACCAAGGAAAGAAAGAAGUCUCGUUUCGGAAAUGCUUUCCAUUUGUGUCGUGAAAUUCUGCGUCUUACAAAAUUGAUUAUUGAUUCACAUGUUCAAUACCGUCUUAACAAUGUGGAUGCUUUCCAACUGGCCGAUGGUCUACAAUACAUCUUUGCCCAUGUGGGACAACUUACCGGAAUGUACCGAUACAAAUACAAACUUAUGAGACAAAUUCGAAUGUGCAAGGAUUUAAAACAUCUCAUCUACUAUCGAUUCAACACAGGACCUGUUGGAAAAGGUCCUGGUUGUGGUUUCUGGGCACCUGGAUGGCGUGUAUGGCUCUUCUUUAUGCGUGGAAUUACACCACUCUUGGAACGUUGGUUGGGCAAUUUACUCUCACGUCAAUUCGAAGGUCGUCAUUCAAAGGGUGUAGCCAAGACAGUUACCAAGCAACGUGUAGAAUCUCACUUUGACUUGGAAUUGCGUGCAUCUGUAAUGCACGAUAUUGUUGAUAUGAUGCCCGAAGGUAUUAAACAAAACAAAGCUCGUACUAUUUUGCAACAUUUAUCAGAAGCAUGGCGUUGUUGGAAAGCUAAUAUUCCAUGGAAAGUUCCUGGACUUCCAAUUCCCAUUGAGAACAUGAUUCUGCGUUAUGUUAAGAUGAAGGCUGAUUGGUGGACAAAUACUGCGCAUUACAAUCGUGAGAGAAUACGUCGUGGAGCAACUGUUGACAAAACUGUGUGCAAGAAAAAUCUGGGAAGAUUGACUCGAUUGUAUUUGAAAGCAGAACAAGAACGUCAGCAUAACUAUUUGAAGGACGGUCCCUAUAUUUCUCCGGAAGAAGCUGUUGCUAUUUAUACUACAACAGUGCAUUGGUUAGAAUCUAGACGUUUUGCACCAAUACCUUUCCCUCCAUUGUCUUAUAAGCAUGACACAAAAUUGCUUAUUUUGGCUUUGGAACGUUUGAAGGAAGCAUACAGUGUUAAAUCCAGAUUGAAUCAGAGUCAACGUGAAGAGUUGGGUUUGAUUGAACAGGCUUAUGAUAAUCCUCAUGAAGCUUUGUCUCGUAUUAAGCGUCAUUUGCUGACACAGCGUGCUUUCAAGGAGGUUGGAAUAGAGUUUAUGGACUUGUACAGUCAUUUAAUUCCUGUGUAUGAUGUUGAGCCAUUGGAGAAAAUUACCGAUGCAUAUUUGGAUCAAUAUUUGUGGUAUGAGGCAGACAAGAGACGGCUAUUUCCACCAUGGAUUAAACCGAGUGACACAGAACCACCACCACUUUUGGUUUACAAGUGGUGUCAAGGAAUAAACAACCUACAAGACGUUUGGGAUGUAGCUGAAGGCGAAUGCAAUGUUCUUCUCGAAUCGCGCUUUGAAAAACUAUACGAAAAAAUCGAUUUAACAUUGCUCAAUCGUUUGCUGCGUCUCAUUGUCGAUCAUAACAUCGCCGAUUACAUGACAGCCAAAAACAACGUUGUAAUCAAUUACAAGGACAUGAAUCACACCAACAGUUAUGGCAUCAUUCGUGGUCUACAAUUUGCCUCCUUCAUUACUCAAUACUACGGUUUGGUCUUGGAUCUACUCGUACUUGGUCUUCAUCGAGCUAGCGAAAUGGCUGGUCCACCACAAAUGCCAAAUGAUUUCCUCACCUUCCAGGAUACUCCAACCGAAACAGCACAUCCAAUUCGAUUGUAUUGCAGAUAUGUCGAUAGAAUUCAUUUAUUCUUUAGAUUCUCAGCAGAAGAUGCUAGAGAUUUAAUUCAAAGAUAUCUAACUGAACAUCCUGAUCCAAAUAAUGAGAAUAUUGUUGGUUAUAAUAAUAAGAAAUGUUGGCCAAGAGAUGCAAGGAUGCGUCUCAUGAAACAUGAUGUUAAUUUAGGAAGAGCUGUCUUUUGGGAUAUUAAAAAUCGAUUGCCACGUUCAGUUACCACAAUCAAUUGGGAAUGUACUUUUGUAUCAGUUUACUCCAAAGACAAUCCCAAUUUACUGUUUAACAUGAGCGGAUUUGAAUGCAGAAUUUUACCAAAGUGUCGUACGCAGCAUGAAGAGUUCACACAUCGUGAUGGAGUUUGGAAUCUUCAGAAUGAGGUGACGAAAGAGCGAACUGCUCAGUGUUUCCUCCGUGUCGAUGAUGAGUCAUUAGGUCGGUUCCAUAACCGAGUUCGACAAAUUCUUAUGGCAUCUGGAUCAACAACCUUCACAAAGAUUGUCAAUAAAUGGAAUACAGCCCUGAUUGGUUUGAUGACCUAUUUCCGAGAAGCUGUUGUCAAUACCCAAGAACUCCUCGAUUUGCUAGUGAAAUGUGAAAACAAAAUCCAAACUCGUAUAAAGAUUGGUUUGAACUCAAAAAUGCCUUCGCGUUUCCCCCCUGUGGUGUUCUAUACUCCCAAAGAAUUGGGUGGCUUGGGAAUGUUGAGUAUGGGUCACGUACUCAUUCCACAAUCUGACUUGAGAUGGUCCAAACAAACUGACGUUGGAAUCACACAUUUCCGAUCAGGUAUGUCCCACGAUGAGGAUCAAUUGAUUCCUAAUCUUUAUCGAUACAUUCAACCAUGGGAAAGUGAAUUCAUCGAUUCACAGCGAGUGUGGGCUGAAUAUGCUCUUAAAAGACAGGAAGCAAACGCACAAAAUCGUCGUUUAACACUCGAAGAUUUGGAAGACAGUUGGGAUCGUGGUAUUCCCAGAAUCAAUACACUCUUCCAAAAAGACAGACACACUCUAGCUUAUGAUAAGGGUUGGCGUAUCCGCACAGAAUUCAAGCAAUAUCAAGUUCUUAAGCAAAAUCCCUUCUGGUGGACUCAUCAGCGUCACGAUGGUAAGCUGUGGAAUCUUAAUAAUUAUCGAACGGAUAUGAUCCAGGCAUUGGGUGGUGUAGAGGGUAUUUUGGAACAUACACUCUUUAAGGGAACAUAUUUCCCCACAUGGGAGGGUCUUUUCUGGGAAAAAGCAUCUGGUUUUGAAGAAUCUAUGAAAUACAAAAAGCUGACAAAUGCUCAGCGAUCUGGUUUGAAUCAAAUUCCAAAUCGUCGAUUCACUUUAUGGUGGUCACCGACCAUUAAUCGUGCCAAUGUCUACGUUGGUUUCCAAGUGCAACUUGAUUUGACUGGUAUUUUCAUGCACGGUAAAAUUCCCACGCUUAAAAUUUCACUGAUUCAAAUUUUCCGUGCCCAUUUGUGGCAAAAAAUUCAUGAAUCGAUUGUCAUGGAUUUGUGUCAAGUUUUUGAUCAGGAAUUGGAUGCUCUUGAAAUUGAGACUGUCCAAAAGGAAACUAUUCACCCGCGUAAAUCAUACAAAAUGAAUUCAUCUUGUGCGGAUAUUCUACUUUUCCCCGCUUACAAAUGGAAUGUUUCACGUCCGUCGUUGUUGGCCGACACCAAGGACACAAUGGACAAUACAACCACCCAGAAAUACUGGUUGGAUAUUCAAUUGAGAUGGGGUGAUUAUGAUUCGCACGAUGUGGAGCGAUAUGCUCGAGCUAAGUUCCUCGAUUAUACCACCGAUAACAUGUCUAUUUAUCCCUCGCCCACGGGUGUCCUGAUUGCCAUCGAUUUGGCUUAUAAUUUACAUUCUGCCUAUGGAAACUGGUUCCCUGGAUGCAAGACACUCAUUCAACAGGCAAUGGCUAAGAUUAUGAAGGCCAAUCCUGCGUUGUAUGUGCUGAGAGAGCGUAUCAGAAAAGCAUUGCAAUUGUACAGUUCUGAACCCACAGAACCUUAUCUAUCGUCACAAAAUUAUGGAGAAUUGUUCUCGAAUCAAAUUAUUUGGUUUGUCGAUGACACAAAUGUAUAUCGAGUGACAAUUCACAAGACAUUUGAAGGCAAUUUGACUACAAAACCAAUUAAUGGAGCAAUUUUCAUCUUUAAUCCCCGAACUGGUCAGCUUUUCUUGAAGAUCAUUCAUACAUCGGUAUGGGCUGGACAGAAACGUUUAGGCCAAUUGGCUAAAUGGAAGACUGCUGAAGAAGUUGCCGCAUUGAUUCGAUCAUUACCCGUGGAAGAACAACCCAAACAGAUUAUUGUAACGAGAAAGGGAAUGUUGGAUCCAUUGGAAGUGCAUUUGUUGGAUUUCCCCAACAUUGUGAUCAAGGGUUCUGAGCUGCAAUUACCUUUCCAGGCGUGUCUGAAGGUAGAGAAGUUUGGUGAUUUGAUUUUAAAGGCAACCGAACCUCAAAUGGUUCUAUUCAAUUUGUACGAUGAUUGGUUGAAGACUAUUUCGUCAUACACAGCGUUCAGUCGAUUGAUUUUGAUCCUCAGAGCCCUUCACGUGAAUACUGAACGAACAAAGAUUAUUCUAAAGCCAGAUAAAACAACAAUCACAGAAGCUCAUCAUAUUUGGCCAACACUUACCGACGAGGAAUGGAUAAAGGUUGAAGUGCAACUGAAGGAUUUGAUUUUGGCUGAUUAUGGUAAAAAGAACAAUGUUAAUGUGGCUUCACUGACACAGUCUGAAAUUCGAGAUAUUAUUCUUGGUAUGGAAAUUUCGGCUCCAUCGGCGCAGCGUCAACAAAUUGCUGAGAUUGAAAAACAGACUAAAGAACAAAACCAACUUACGGCAACAACAACGAGAACGACAAAUAAACAUGGUGAUGAAAUUAUCACUUCCACAACAUCCAACUACGAGACACAGACGUUUAGUUCAAAGACCGAAUGGCGUGUGCGUGCUAUAUCGGCGACAAAUCUUCAUUUGCGAACGAAUCAUAUUUACGUUAGUUCAGAUGACAUCAAAGAAACUGGCUACACGUACAUUCUGCCCAAGAAUAUUCUCAAAAAGUUUGUCACAAUUUCCGAUUUGAGAGCACAAAUCUCUGGAUACCUGUAUGGAGUGUCACCUCAGGAUAAUCCACAGGUUAAAGAAAUUCGUUGUAUUGUAAUGCCACCACAAUGGGGUACUCAUCAGACGAUAAACUUGCCCAAUGUCCUACCCACUCAUCAAUAUCUGAAAGAUAUGGAGCCACUUGGUUGGAUUCAUACUCAACCCAAUGAGUUACCUCAACUCUCCCCACAAGACAUAACGACACAUGCGAAAAUCAUGCAAGACAACAGCUCAUGGGACGGAGAAAAGACUAUCGUGAUAACGUGUUCAUUUACACCUGGAUCAUGUUCACUAACCGCCUACAAACUUACACCCUCCGGCUUUGAAUGGGGUUCUAAGAACACCGACAAAGGCAACAACCCGAAAGGAUAUUUACCAUCGCACUAUGAAAGAGUACAAAUGUUGUUGUCUAAUAAAUUCCUUGGCUUCUUUAUGGUACCGGCACAAGGAAGUUGGAAUUAUAAUUUCAUGGGUGUGCGGCAUGAUGCAAAUAUGAAAUAUGAACUACAGCUAUCGAAUCCAAAAGAAUUCUAUCACGAAAUCCAUAGACCGUCGCAUUUCUUGUUGUUUGCAAAUUUGGAAGAUGCUGGCGAUGGUACAGGUGCGGAUCGGGAGGAUAUGUUUGCGUAGAGGAAGGAAUAUUUAAAGCGUUUUGCUUCUGUGCUUAUUAUAGUGUAAAUGUAAUUUUCUUUUUUAAAUUUAGUUUGUAAGGAGAGUUUUUAUUUUUUAUAUAAAAGCCAAACAGAAAAAUUGUUGAAAGAUUUUUAACGAAUAAAAAAUGAAUAAUGACUAUAAAUGAAGAAA